GGCGGGGCCAGAGCGUCGCGUGCGUGACGCGUUUAUUGUGACGUCACUUCCUGUUCCGGCAGAGGCGCGCGAGCCCCGCGUGGAGAAAGCGGCGAGAUGAGGCCGGGUUUCAGCCCCCGAGGGGGACGCGGCGGCUUCCGGGGCAGAGGUUCCGGUUUCUCUCCCCGCGGAGGGGGCGUGGCCAGAGGAGGGGGCGUGGCCCGAGGGGGCGGAGCCAGAGGAGGGGGCGUGGCCAGAGGAGGGGGCGUGGCCAGAGGCGGCCCCCGGGGGCGGGGCCGAGGCCGAGGGGGCGGAGCCAGAGGAGGCUUCAAAGGCGGGAAAAAAGUGACGGUGGAGCCGCACCGGCAUGAGGGUGUGUUCAUCUGCCGGGGCCGUGAGGACGCGCUGGUGACGCGGAACCUGGUGCCGGGAGAGUCGGUGUACGGGGAGAAACGCAUCAGCGUCGAGGAGGGCGAGGCCUCGGUGGAGUACCGCGCCUGGAACCCGUUCCGCUCCAAGCUGGCGGCCGCCAUCCUGGGGGGCAUCGACCAAAUCCACAUCCGGCCCGGAGCCCGCGUGCUGUACCUGGGGGCUGCCUCAGGUACCACCGUCAGCCACGUCUCCGACAUCGUGGGACAGGAGGGCGUGGUUUAUGCCCCAGGUGUGUCACACCUGUCCCAGGUGUCCCCAGGUGUGUGUCUCACCUGUCCCCAGGAGGGCGUGGUUUACGCCGUGGAGUUCUCGCACCGCUCGGGCCGGGACCUGCUGAACGUGGCCAAGAAGAGAACGAACGUGGUGCCGGUGAUCGAGGACGCGCGACACCCACACAAGUACCGCAUGUUGAUAGGCAUGGUUGACGUCAUCUUCGCCGACGUGGCGCAGCCGGACCAGACGCGAAUCGUGGCGCUGAACGCGCAUCACUUCCUGCGCUGCGGGGGGCACUUCCUCAUCUCCAUCAAGGCGAACUGCAUCGACUCGACGGCGCCGGCCGAGGCCGUGUUCGCGGGCGAGGUGAGGAAGAUGACGGCCGAGAGGAUGAAGCCGCAGGAGCAGCUGACCCUGGAGCCCUACGAGAGGGACCACGCCGUGGUGGUCGGCGUCUACCGGCCCCCCCCCAAGGAGAAAUGACGUCAUCGCAGCUCCGGCCCGCCAGGGGGCGCCAACACAGGGGGCGUGGCCUGACCCGGAAGUGGAUGGGCUCUAACCCGGAAG